AUGAUAAGUCGAGACACUGGGUUCUAGGAUCUGGAGAGUGGGAUUCAAAGUAAUAAUUUAUCGUCAGGGCAAUUGGUUGAUUUGGAUUAACACAGCCCAAUUAAUGGAUAGUAAUUGGAUCCAACUCUGGAGUUUUCUUAAUUAUAAUAACUUGAAGCUCUAAGAAUGAAAAGGGAUAUUUUCGAUAAUAAAAAUAAGCAAGCAUUAAAUUUGGGGAAUAAAUCAGAUAUAAACGAGGAGGAUUGUCUAAUUAGCAAUUUAAGUGGAAAAAGAAGUGAACCGUAAGGCUCUAUCAGUUCUAUAAGUUGCAACUAAAAGAAGAAGAAGCAUCUGACUGCAAAAUCACCAAAGCAAAAGUCCAAUAAGACUAUUUAGUUCUAAUAAAAAUUGGAGUAAGAAGAUUUUGUAAUUGCAUCUCCAAUUAAUGAAGGUACUCAAAUUUUGAGGAUAAAAUCCGAUGCUAAAAUAGCAAAAUAUUAAACAUUUGUGCAAAAAUUGGAGGAAGAACAAGAGCAAAAUGAGAAAUAGAAGAGAGCUUAAAUGCACCGAGACACUAUAAAACAAUAGUCUUUGGUUUUACGAGGAAAGAGCAGAGAGAUGAAAACAGGACUAAAUGAAGUUUGGUCACAGAAGGCUUUGAUAAUUAUUAGACUAGUAUCUCGCUUCAUCUAGUAAUUGAAGACUAAAACAGAAAGAAUUAAAUUUCGACUGAUAACUUAAAGAAUAUUUGAAGUCAUUUGUGAUAAUAGUGCUAACUUUGAGUAUAUGUUAAUCAAUAGAUUAAUUAAACAGAAACCAAGUUUUGGAUUAAUAAUAUUCCAUCACUUUCAAAGUCGAGCGCUAAUACUAUUAAAUGCAAUAGAAUCGAUAAAUGAUUUUCUGGGUAAAUAUGUUAAAGUGAUAAAGCCUGAUAGUUUAUUUAAGAUAGUUUGGGAUAUUAUCCUAUUAUUAUUUAUUGUGGUUAAUAUUUUUUAUAUUCCAAUAUAUAUCAGUUUCGAUGUGAGAUCGUCUGGAUUAUUUGAAUGGAUAUUUGAUUUAUUGCCCUCAUGGGUCUUUAUUGCAGAGAUUCUCCUAAAUUUUAAUACAGCAUAUUAUGAUAAAGGAUUAAUGCAUGAGGAUAGAAAACAGAUAAUGAAACAUUAUGUAAAAGGUAAUUUCUUUUGGGACAUAAUUGUUGUGAUCCCUUUCUUGAUUUCUUAUUUGGACAUCCCAUUCGUCAGAUACACAUUAUUAUUGCGACUUACUCGAUUGUCCCCAUUAAUGACCAGCAUUGAAGAAGUCCUGAACUUAGAAGAUAGUCUUUAAGUCUUUCUGGAUUUAUUAAAAUUGAUAUUCUUUCUAUUAUUAACUGGACAUUUUUGUGGAUGUGCCUGGCAUUGGGUUGCAAUAAUCGAAUAUGAAAAUUAUGGAUAAGAAGUAACCUGGCUUACUCAUUAUGAACCUAAUGCCAUGAGUUAUGAAUGGUUUGAUAGAUACAUCAUUUCCUUAUAUUGGAGUGUUAUCACUACUGUUACUGUAGGUUAUGGUGACAUUGUGCCUGUAACUACAGUGGAGAGAGUGUUUGUUAUAGUAGUAACCCUGUUGAUUUGUGGUGUGUUUGGUUAUUGUUUGUCUAAUAUUGGAAACAUAUUUAAAUAAAUCACAGACAAGAAAGCCAUCUAUAAAUAAAGAAUAAGAGAAAUCAAUCAGCAUAUUAGGAAGAGAGGUCUCAGCUAUAAUUUACAAUUAAAAGUCAAAAAGUAUUUUGAAUACUUUCUAAAAGUGAAAUAGGAGGAGGAUCAACAUGCAGAACAAUUUAUAGAACAAUUGACUAAACAUCUGAGGGAAGAAGUCUUAAUUGAUAUUUAUAGAAAGACACUCAAACAAUCUAGAUUUUUAAGGGAAAAUUUUAGUGAAGAUAUUCUCAAUCGAUUAUGUUAGAUAGUAAAAGAAACCAAAUUGUACCCAGAAUAAGUUCUUUUUUAAAGGAAUGACUCUCCUAAAGCAUUAUGGUUUGUUCUGUCUGGAGCAGUUGAGUAUGUUGCUGAUCAUUAAAAUGAGGAUGAACACUAUUACACUGAAACAUUUUUAAAGAAAUUAACUCAAGGAGCUGUGAUUGGCGAAAGAGAAUUCAUAUCUCAAACUCCAUAUGAAUAUAAUGCAAGAGCUACUAAAUUUACUUAAUUGUUAGUUGUCGAUUAUCAAUAAUUCUACCUAAUUCUGUAAGAAAAUAAUGAUGAAUUUGAGAAGUAUUGUUUAGCCAAAGAUAACCUAUUGUUUAAUAGCAAUUAUAAAGCAUUUGGGUAAAUUUGCGAAAUUUGCGGAUGGACUCAUCGAUUUAUUUAGUAAAUCUACACACUUAUAGUUAGAUGUCCUUUCGUGUUUUUAUAACCUAAUAAAAAUAAAAUAGCCAGUUCCUUCGUCUCUACUAAAACCAAUAAAAGAUUAUCAUUUCCAUAUAGAACACUUCCUAAAACUAAUUGGAGAAACAAUGUGCCUGAAGUAUAGGAGGCUGCCUUAGGCUACAUUGUAUUAAAUAACAUCAUACCAGAAAAGUACUUAUUAUAUCAUCAUUCAAGAGAAAUAAAUGAUACUUAUCUCAUUAAUCUGGGGUUUGAAUUAAAUGAUGGGGAGGAAGAGCCUUCGAAAAUUAUACCCAAUAAAAAGAACUCGAUGUCUAGAGAUUUGAAAAAUUUAUCUCAAUAUGAUAACACACCUCAAUAAUAACCUAUACAAUAACCAUCCAUUUAAACUGUCCUUUAGGAUUAGAAGUCAUAAAAUUAAACAGCUAUAUUUCAUAAGGAUCAAUAAAAGAUUAAUAUGACUAAUGAAAGCUUUGUUGAUUGGGAUUAGGGUAGUUAAUUGAAAAGAAGUAUGAAUAGGAUCAAAUUCCAAGGUCUUGACAGAGGACGCACACUUCAAUCAAUCAAAGGAAAAUACCAUUAAAAUAAUCCAGAUGUAUUAGAUGAAUCCAUGAUCUAAGAAGAGGUCAAAAUUUAAAACACCAAUAUUGGAUCUUAAAAUUUUAUUCAUAACAAACUCAAAAUGGUGAAAAGUAAGCAUAAUAUCCAAAAUCCAAUUGGAAUUAGAAAAGUGUCCUGGCUUGAAUUUGAUAGUGGAGUGAGUCAAUAGCAAGAUGGCAGAGCUGCCCAAUAACUAUUUAAUAAGUAAAUCAGUAAAGGAAGCGAAACAAACUUUGAUUAAUCUCCACCACUUAACUAAUAAGAAAAUGAUAUCAAAUAAAGAAUUGAAGCAAGAGAAAAUAGCAUAAAAUCCAAAAAAACAAAUAACAAUAUUGAUAUAACAAGAAGGAAAAAAAGAAGAAAAACUACUUAACUUUUAUAACUAUUUUAAGGUUUGGACAAUGGAGACACGAAAUCAACAAAGAAAGUAGAAAAAGGCAUCUUGGGAAAUGAUGUUUACAGUUCUAGUGUUUAUACUACUGGAGGACCAAGUAAUACUGCCUUAAUAGAACCUAAUAAUAAAGAUGCUAAUGCAGACAAUAAUAGUGUUCAUGUCAAUCAUUCAUUUGAUGGGAUUUAAAAGAGAAUCUAAGAUAUUGUGCAUGUUCACUUUGAAAUGGAUUUGGAUAGAUACAAAUCCUCUAAAUUUUAUUUUCCAGAUAAUAAUUUAGAAGUUGUAAUAUAAAAAAUUACAAUAUAUUACGACAAAUUGAAUGAUAAAAAGAAUGAUUUUGAGGCUAGGGAAAUGAAAAGAACAAAAACCAACCUAACGCUAUUUGAUAGGAUCAGACAAGCAAAAAGCUAGAAUCUUAGAGGAAGUUUUGUGGAGAAAUCACUAUAGGAUAAUGACUGA